UAUUGGAACCAGCGAUGUCUCCAAGCAUCGACUCAUCGCUAAUAAAUAAUAAGUAUGGCGUCAGAGGAAAACGUUGUGAUGGAAAGUCCAGGUCGCCGCACACGUUCUGGUCGCAAGGCCGCAUCCCCGGCGGCAUCGCUGCCCACGACGACUAGGAGCACCCGACGCACAUCCAAGCGGAACGCGCAGCUAAGUGACCACGAAGAGGAGCCCGAGGAGCAGGUAGCCAUGGUCCAGGAGGAGGAGGAGCAGCAGCAGGUGCAGGAGGCUCCCGCCAUUUUGGAGCCCCAGUUCGAGGAGACGCAGCAUCAACUCGACGACGAUGUGGAAAUGCCCCCUGAAACCGGCGGCGUGGAUGAGAAGAGCUCUUCCUUUCCCUUUGGCACCGUCGCCGAGCAGCAUUCAGAGACCAGCGAUGAUAUUAAAGAGAGUCUGCUGGCUUCCAUGGCCGGCGAUAAUGCCAAUAGUCUGCCCUCCGUGGGUGGCAAUGAUGAGAGCGACAAGAAGGCCGACUUUGAGUCCUCCGCGGAGAAACUGAUCUCCUCCGAGGACUCGAGCUCCCAUCAUGCCAUUGCCGAGGAUCUGGCCGAUGAGGCGGACACCAGCAAUGCCACCAUUGUCAACACAGAGAUAAUCUCCGAAGAUGAACUGCCGCCGCCCAGCAAGCCGGAGAUCAACGAUGCCGAAGAGGUUUCGGACGAGGAGUUGCCUGCCCCUCAGCGAGCUGAGCUCCCAGCCGAUGCGGAGGUCAUCUCCGAAGAUGAGCUGCCCAGCAAUAACAAUAAUAAUAAUGCCGCCAAUGAGCCCAAGGCUCCACUCAAGCGCAAGGCGGAAAAAGAAAGCGAUAAGCCCGCUGAAGAUAAGGAAGCGAGCGGUGGUGAGGCGAGCACAAAGGAAAAGUCUGUAGAGCAAUACAAUCCGGGGAGUCCCACGUCCGAAAGCAACGAUGCGCAGCCCCUGGAGAAGAAACUCAAGGUUGAAGAAACCGAACCCAAAGACAAGAAGAAGGAAAAGGAGCGCGACAAGGAUAAAGAUAAGGAGAAGGAUAAGGAUAAGGACAAGGACAAAGAGAAGGAAAAGGACAAGGAGAAGGAGCGCAAAAAGCUUCCCGACCUGGAUAAAUACUGGCGGGCUGUCAAGGAAGACUCCACCGACUUUACCGGCUGGACUUACCUACUGCAAUACGUGGACAGCGAGUCCGAUGCGGAGGCUGCCCGCGAGGCCUACGACACAUUCCUCUCCCACUAUCCCUACUGCUAUGGUUACUGGCGCAAGUACGCCGAUUACGAGAAGCGCAAGGGCAUCAAGGCCAACUGCUACAAGGUGUUUGAGCGCGGCCUGGAGGCGAUACCUUUAUCGGUGGACCUGUGGAUCCACUACCUGAUGCACGUGAAGGCUCAUCACGGAGAGGAUGAGCAGUUCAUCCGUGACCAGUAUGAGCGAGCGGUUAAGGCAUGUGGUUUGGAGUUCCGCUCCGACAAACUCUGGGAUGCCUACAUCCGCUGGGAAAACGAGUCGAAGCGCUACAAUCGUGUGGUCCAGAUCUACGAUAGGCUACUGGCCAUUCCCACCCAGGGCUAUAAUGGCCACUUUGACAAUUUCCAGGAUGUGAUCAAUCAGCAUGCUAUAACCAGCACAAUCGAGCACGAGGAGCUAGUCCGUCUGCGCAAAGAUUUCCACGAUCGUCAGCAAAGCAAGUCCUCGAAGUCCUCCUCAUCCAAGCAUCGACGCGACAGUAGCAGCAGCAACAAGGAUAAGGAUUCCAAAGAGAAAGAUAAGGAUAAGGACAAAGACAAGGAGAAGGAGAAGUCGCCAAAGGAUUCUAGUGAAACCCCAGUCGAUGAAUCAGCAGAUAGCACCACCGAUCUGACCGAAGGCGAAUCCUCACCUGCAGCUGUAAAGAUCGAUUUCAAUGAUCUUACCACGCUGAACGACGAGGAGGUGGCCAGCAUAAAGGACAGGGCCAUUUCGUCGCGUCGCAAGGUCCACAAGCUGACUGUGAGCGCAGUGACCGCUCGCUGGUCCUUCGAGGAGGGCAUCAAGCGUCCCUACUUCCACGUCAAGCCCCUCGAAAGGGCGCAGCUCAAGAACUGGAAGGAUUACCUGGACUUUGAGAUCGAAAAGGGCGAUCGCGAAAGAGUACUGGUUCUGUUUGAAAGAUGCCUCAUUGCCUGCGCUCUGUACGACGAGUUCUGGCUGAAAAUGCUACGCUAUCUGGAGUCUUUGGAGGAUCAGAGUGGAGUGGUUAAUCUGAUACGCGAUGUGUAUAAGCGCGCCUGUCGCAUUCAUCACCCGGACAAACCCAGUUUGCAUCUCAUGUGGGCCGCCUUCGAGGAGUGCCAGCUGAACUUUGAUGCCGCCGCCGACGUUUUGCAGCGCAUCGAGCAGCGUUGUCCCAAUCUCCUGCAGCUGGCCUAUCGCCGCAUCAACGUGGAGCGACGUCGCGGAGCUCUGGACAAGUGUCGCGAGCUCUACAAGCACUAUAUAGAGAGUACAAAGAACAAGGCGAUUGCCGGCAGUCUGUCGAUCAAAUAUGCCCGAUUCCUCAACAAAAUCUGCCAUGAUCUCGAUGCCGGCGUGGCCGCACUGCAGCAGGCGCUGGAACGCGAUCCGGCCAACACGCGGGUGGCCCUGCAGAUGAUCGAUUUGUGCCUGCAGCGCGAGAAGGUGGAUGAGCAGGAGGUUGUCCAGAUCAUGGACAAGUUUAUGGCUCGUGCGGACAUUGAAUCGGAUCAGAAGGUGCUGUUUGCCCAGCGCAAGGUGGAGUUCCUUGAGGAUUUCGGCAGCACGGCCAGGGGUCUCCAAGAUGCCCAGCGAGCACUGCAGCAGGCUCUAAGCAAAGCUAACGAAGCGCAGAAGAAGGGUGAUGGCAGUCCCAGUCGCAAAAACUCAUCAGCGGGCAGCAAAGAGGGUUCCGCCCCCGCUUCCUCAUCCUCGGCGGCAGCCUACAAUAAUGGUGGUUCAGCAGCGGCGGCCGCGGGUUACAACUAUGGAGCGGCCUACUAUGGUCAGCAGAAUGCCGGCGGAGGAGGAGGUCCCUAUCCCCCGCAGCCUCCACCGCAGCAGCAGGCCGCCUACGAUUCGUACUACAAUCAAUGGGGCUAUGGAGCCGGCGGAGCCAGCGGAGGAGGCAACUACGGCCAGUGGAGCGGCUAUGGCAACUACUAUUGAGAUCCUAGCCUAGCUUCGUAGCCUCCCUU